AAAUGGUUUUGUCGGAUGUGCUUCAAGCUAUUGACUGUCUACGACAGAGCGAAGCCACCUUCGCUGUGCGUUUCCGGCUAUUCUCCGACGGUUGGUGAACGCAACCGCAGCAGCACAUUUCCUGGAGGUCGCACCAGGCAGGCAGGCAGGCCGGCCGGCCGGCAGGCAGCACCAGCACCACCACCACCACCAGCGGCACCAACACCAUCACCACCAGCACCACCAGCAGCGGCAGCUGAGCGGCGUUAUCUACUGCUGAUCGCCGUCCGUCCAUCCGUCCGUCAGUCAAAAGAAAGCGGCCACAGGAGUUUCGUCGGGUCGAGACAGAUCCCACCAACCAACCAACCAACCAACCAACUAACCAACUACAGAAAACAGGCGCUCAAGUGGCAUCCGGACAAGAACCCCGACAACAAGGAGGAGGCUGAGAAAAGGUUCAAAGAGCUGGCCGAAGCUUACGAGGUGCUCUCGGACGAAAACAAGAGGAAUAUUUAUGACAAAUACGGCAAACAAGGGCUGUCGUCUGCAGCGGAAGGAGGAAGAGGCGGCGGCGGUGGCGGCGGCGGCGGCGGCAGAGGCCGUAACAAUCACUUUGGCCACGGCUUCACAUUCCGAAAACCUGAGGAUGUCUUCCGGGAAUUCUUUGGCCGAGAUCCCUUUGCGGAUUUUUUCCACAACCACCCUUUUGACAACUUUAUCGGGCACAAUCGCCACUUGGGGGAUCCCCGUUCCCGGACAAGAGGCGGGAGCGGCGGCGGCGGCGGCCCCUUUGAUUUCAGGGGCUUGUCGUUUAACUCGGGUUUUAACGCAUUCGGCGACAUGGGCAACGCCAACGGCGGCUUGGGCUCCUUCUCCUCGUCCUUUGCCGGCGGAGGAGGAAUGGGCAACUUCAAAUCCGUGUCCACUUUCACAAAGUUUAUCAACGGCAAAAAAAUCACCACCAAGCGGACGGUGGAGAACGGACAGGAGCGCGUGGAGGUGGAGGAGGACGGCCAGCUCAAGUCGCUAACGGUUAACGAUGUCCCAACAGACGACGACGACGACGACGACGAGCAUCGCCGCCGCAGACACAAUCUUCCCGUCGCCUGCUCACACCCCCAGCGCUAUCUGAGGAGCUUCGCCCAGAACCCGGCUGGCGAUGACGACGAGGGCGACGACGAAGGAGGAGAGUACGGCCUUAGCCGAGGUCACGCGGACCCCAAGAGGAAGAAACUUUGGCGAAGGGAGUCGAGACGAAGAAGAGCGCCACCACCCCGACUCUUCUUCCCCACAUUCGGAGGCUUUGGUCCUUUUUUCUAAAAUGCUCAUUACUUUGAACUUGACGUAAUGUCCAAUACGGAUCGGAAUUCUCCAUAUUUUGCAGCACAAGUCCUCAAACCAAAAAGAAGUGAUGAAGACAAACCUCUCCCCGUGUAUUUGAACGAACAUAUGGAUGCGUUAUAAAAUAUCUGUUUAUGAACUUUUAUGAAAUGGCAAUAAAUGCACAAAUAUGACUGACUUUAA